AUGGUCAAGACUUUCUAUGGCAUCUACACCAUCUGCGGUUUCGCCGCACUUGGUGGUGGCCUGUUCGGGUUCGACAUCUCGUCCAUGUCCGGGGUCCUGGGCACCAAUGCCUACAAGAACUACUUCAACAACCCCGUCUCCUACCGCCAGGGCGGCAUCACCGCCUCCAUGCCCGCCGGCUCGCUGGUCGGCGCCCUGAGCUCCUCCUUCAUCGCCGACAAGUACUCGCGUCGCACCGCCAUCCAGGUCGCCUCGUGCAUCUGGAUGCUCGGCGCCCUCUUGCAGACCGUCUGCAACGGCGUCGCCCUGCUCUGCGUCGGCCGUGUCGUCGCCGGCGUCGCCAUUGGUAUCGCCUCGUCCAUCGUCCCCGUCUACCAGUCCGAGAUUGCUGCAAAGGAGAUCCGUGGCCGUGUCGUCUCGCUGCAGCAGUGGGCCAUCACAUGGGGCAUUCUGAUCCAGUACUUCAUCCAGUACGGCGCGUCUUUCGCCGACGGCGGCCCCAAGGCCGAGAACCAGGGCACCGCUGCCUUCCGCAUCCCGUGGGGUAUCCAGAUCGUCCCCGGCGCCAUCCUCUUCGUCGGCAUGUUCUUCCUCCCCAGGUCGCCCCGUUGGCUCGCCGGCAAGGACCGCUGGGAGGAGGCCCUCGAGGUUCUCGCCAACCUGCACGGCAAUGGCGACGUCAACCACCCCAAGGUGCUCGCCGAGUACCACGAAAUCGAGGAGGCUCUCCGCUUCGAGCGUGAGGAGGCCGUCUCCUCCUUCAAGGCCCUGGUCGCUCCACGCAUGCUCAAGCGUGUCAUCCUCGGCAUGUCCAUCCAGAUGUGGUCGCAGCUCUGCGGAAUGAACAUUAUGAUGUACUACAUCGUCUACAUCAUGGAGGGCGCCGGUGUCGGAUCUCCCCUCCUUACCGCGUCGAUCCAGUACAUCAUCAACGUCGCCCUGACCCUGCCCGCCAUCCUGUACCUCGACCGCUUCGGCCGCCGCCCCGCGCUGCUUGCUGGCUCGUUCUUCAUGAUGCUCUGGCUCUUCAUCUCGGGUGGCGUCCAAGGCGCCUACGGCCAGCCCAACCCGCGCACCGACCCCAACCUCAACGACAUCUCCUGGGUGCUCUCGGGUAACCCCGCUGCGUCCAAGGCCGUCAUCGCCGCCUCCUACCUGUUCGUCGCCUCGUUCGCCACCACCUGGGGCCCGACAUCCUGGACCUACCCGUCCGAAAUCUACCCCGCCAAGAUCCGCGCGAAGGCCGUCUCCCUCUCGACCGCCACCAACUGGGCCUGGAACUGCGUUCUCGCCUUCGCCGUCCCCCCGCUCCUGUGGUCGAUCAACUGGAAGAUGUACAUGAUCUUCGCCGCCUUCAACGGCGCUGCCCUCAUCCACAUGUUCUUCACCGCGCCCGAGACCAAGGGCAAGACACUCGAGGAGAUGGACGAGGUCUUCGACACGGGCGUGCCGGCGUGGAAGAGCGGCAAGGCCCUCAAGGGCUCCAAGCUGGACCGUCUCGCCAGCGAAAUCGAGAAGGGCGAGCGCAAGGUCACCGUCGGCGCCCUCGCCGGCGACGAGCACGAGCCUGGUGUCGUUACCCACCACGAGGAGGCUACUGCAAAGAAUUAA